UUACCAUAAUAUACAACAAAUUAAAAAAUAUAUCGUAUACCACAACAGGCCAUCACAAGUUGUACUGCUUGACCGACAGCUUAGCUCAGUCCACAGUGCGCCCAUCACUACGACCAAUCGGGCAAUCGAUACCCAGACCUAUCGACCUAUUUUCAGCAGCCUAACUAAAGAAAAAAGGCAAUAUUUUGCAAAAAACAUUCGGAAACGGUAGAAAAACCCCCGCUUCAUUUGCCAGAGGACCCGUAUUCCAUGCAACGCAAAGCGGCGACAAGCCAGACAAUUGCAGUGUGAGACAAAUGUGCGCAAAAUGAAAGUGACAAUCAAGUCAUGGACGGGAGUUGCAACUUGGCGUUGGAUAGCGAAUGACGAGAACUGCGGUAUCUGUCGCAUGUCCUUCGAGAGCACCUGCCCGGAGUGCGCUCUGCCCGGUGACGACUGCCCGCUGGUGUGGGGUGUGUGCUCCCAUUGCUUCCACAUGCACUGCAUCGUCAAGUGGCUGAACCUGCAACCGUUGAACAAACAGUGCCCCAUGUGCCGCCAGAGCUGGAAGUUCAAUGUGCAUUAAGCCCGCGUUAUUGUUCUAGUUACUAAAUACCCGUGAAGAUCAGCAUUAAGAAGAAACCGUAGAGACAUAGUAAGCUUUAUCAAAUGAUGGAGAACAGCGGCAACGAUGCCCAGCCGCACUUGACGGGUCUGCCGCCACUGCCAAAAAGUCUGAGCGCCGCUACGGCGACUCCUGUGGCCAUUGGCCCCCAUCCCCGCACAGCCUCGCCAGCGUCCAGUGUUUCCGCACUGACAGUAGCCGCCGGUGAACUAUACCUGGGCCCCUCCACCUCCUCAUCGGCGGCGGCGGCGUCCCGAAAUCGCAGCUACAAUGGACACGGACACAGCCAGCGGCACGGUAGUCUUUCGUCCACGCAGGAGUCGCUCAGUGAUCGGGAGUCUGUGCACAGUCGCGCUUCUAGCACCCACAGCGCUGGAGCGGUUCAUACGCCCACUAACAGCUCGAGCAGCACUGGAGCCACCUCGUCCACCAUCGACAACCAGUUGGCCAUUUUGCGACGGGAGAUGUACGGUCUGAGGCAGUUGGAUCUGUCGCUGCUGUCCCAGCUGUGGGCGCUAAACGAGUCGAUACAGGGAUUCCGUGUGUUCCUGCAAGAGCAGGACGCAUUGUCGCCACCCUCGAGGUCUCGUACUCCAUCGGACGCGAAUUCAUUGAGCUCCGACGAAGAGGACGAUGGCUCCUAUGCGCCAGUAGCCUUGCCUAAGAUGACAGAUGCUGCCGGAGCUGGGAGUGCGGGGAUUGUGAACUCCAGGGCCAUGGCCUCGCCGGCAGCCAGUGGGGGACUGCCAACCAAACUGGCCACUGGGUCGACCACUUCCCACGCCUCAACUAGCUCCACUUCAGGAGCCUCCGGCUCCUCAUCCGCUGCCUCCUCAAUGGGCAAGCACCAACAAAUGCAGCAGCAACAACAGCAGCAGCCACAAUCGGCUAAUCACUACCAUCAGAGGCCAGCGCCACCACCCGCACCACCAGCUCAGCACAAGGCGCAUCCACAGUUGCCGAGAAUCCUGCAGCAGCGCAUGAGACAGGCACCGCCUCCGCCGCCACCCACAAGGCAAAAGGCGGGCGGCGGUGGUGGAGGAGGAGCUAGCACCAGCAGCAGUAACCACAGCAUCAGCAGCGUCACCCAGCCGCAUCCACAUUCACACCAACAUCCCCAACAUACCCACCAUUCGCGACCUGUAUGACAAAACCCGUUCUUGGACUAAGCCAAGUUCAAGAACAGAAACAGAUUCAAAUAGCAGCCGCUGCCAACACUUCGGAAAGGGUCAAUUAGACGACAUUUCUCCAAGAGUCAAUUCAAAUUCAAGUGCAGAAAGAUCCCACACACACUCAGUCUAUCAACUCUGAACUCAUAAAGCUUGCCAUGGUCCCUCGUUCUUAAUAUUGAAUCUAGAAACAUAUGAAUGAAUAUGGUUUAUAAAUGUUUUUUGCAAAACGAUGAAAAUCUAUGAAUGUAAGCGUACCACUUUUCACGUUUAAUAUUAAAUAAUAAACACAAGAAAUUUGUAUUCAAUAAUAACCGCUAAGUAGUAAAGGAUAAGAUCCUUAUAUGCAUCUAUGUAUUACUCGAAAUGUAUAAACAAAAAUCUCAAAUGCUUGAAAUUCCGCAUCGAAUUCAUAGAUCUAGUUCUAUUAUUUGCGUUGACUCUGAAAUGUUUUGUUAGAAUGCAUACUAUCCAACAAAAACUAAAUCGAAUUGUUCCAACUCAUGUAGCACUAACCAAAACUAAACUCUUGGCCUAUACAUAUGAAUAUCUGGAUUGAUUUUAUAGCCCUGUUAAGUCUUAGUUUCGUAAUGGCGAAUCGAUUGGAAAAUUAUAUAAUACGAACAUGUAUCUGCAUCUCAAAGGAAAUUCUAGCUGAUCUUACUGUUAGUCCAAUAAUCCUAUCAUUAAAAAUACACAAAAAAAAACCUAGGCAUAUAUAUGUAAAGCUCAAGUAUUGGAGCAAAUCCCCCGAGCAGUUGUACAGUGCGUUUCGGAUGUAUAAGUCAGUUGCCUGCAAGUUGCACGUUCCGUGAAGCAUAAAACCAUUUUAAGCUAUUUUCGAUUGUAAAUUUUUCCAUUUUGUUCAAAAAUUGUACUCCGCAAUUAGGAUAACUGUCUUGUAAGUCUGGAACGCAUUGCAUAUAAUAUUUAUAUCCUAAAUACAUAUACAAUUUUUACCAAGUAACAGUUAAAGCGAUAAUUGAUAAAAACGCAGUAGAUACCAUCGGUAUCUCCCAUAUCACAGGCAUAAAGCGGGAGAUUGCGAAAUGAAAACAGAUUUACAUAUAUUACCUAAUCAAAAAUUAUACAAUUUCCAAUAUUUAUUGUUAGUUCAUAGAUUGUUUUAUUUCUCAAAACAAAUUCCUUAUAAUCUACUAAAAUUAAAUCACCCUAUGAAGUUAAACGAUUGGAAUUAAAAUCCACACGAUCAUAA